AUGAAAGCGUGGCAGGACCGAUGUCUUCACUUGUUGGUCUUGAGCGCAGCUGUGCACUAUGUGACGUCCCUGGAAGAAGAGCUCACCGACUCUAUUUUUGGUAAUUUUCUGGACCCUGUCAAGGAUUUGUUUGAGCACGAAGAUGAGCUCAACGGGAGUCUGGUCAAGUUUUCUCUGCGUAAUCCAUCCCAUCCCGAUGACGAUCUGUGCUACAUCACUGCUGGAAAUGCACAGUCGCUCUCAGCAUGUGCCUUCAACAGUUCUGCUAAAACAUUCUUAGUCAUCCACGGCUGGACGGUCAGUGGCAUGUUCGAAAGCUGGGUGUCAAAACUGGUGACUGCCCUUUUUGAGAGACAGCAGAGCGCUAACGUCAUUGUGGUGGACUGGCUCAACUCGGCCCAGAACCACUAUGUUGUGGCAGCUCAAAAAACCAAAGCGGUGGGACAGGAGAUCGCACACUUCAUCGACUGGAUUGAGGAAGUCACCAACAUGCCCCUGGACAACCUGCACCUGAUUGGGUACAGUCUUGGCGCUCAUGUGGCUGGGUUUGCUGGAAGUCAUGCUAACAAUAAAGUGGGGCGUAUUACUGGUCUGGACCCGGCAGGACCAGACUUCGAGGGCGAGCACGCACACAGACGCCUUUCUCCGGACGACGCGCACUUUGUGGACGUUCUGCACACGUUCACGCGAGGUUCUCUUGGGCUCAGCAUUGGCAUCCAGCAACCUGUGGGCCAUGUGGACAUCUACCCCAACGGAGGCAGCUUUCAGCCGGGCUGCAACCUCAGAGGGGCCCUGGAGAAGAUCGCAAACUUUGGCUUAUUCGCAAUAAGUGACGCAGUGAAGUGCGAACACGAGCGCUCCAUCCAACUGUUCAUCGACUCCCUGCUGAACCAGCAGCAGGCGGCUCGCGCCUACAGAUGCAGCAGUAACGACGCCUUUAACCGAGGCAUGUGUCUCAACUGUCGCAAAAGUCGCUGUAACAAGGUGGGCUACAACACCGCAAUGGUCCGCAGACCCAGGAACGUGCAGAUGUACACUAUGACCAGGUCCUCCAUGCCCUUUAGAGUGUAUCAUUACCAACUGAAGGUCCAUUUCUCAAGUAAAGUGAACACCACUGAGAUGGAGUCGUCACUCACCGUCUCGCUCUUUGGAACCAAAGGAGAGGCCGAAAACCUUGAGCUCAAACUAAAGGAGAAAAUCUCCUCAAAUCGGACACAUUCUUUCCUGCUGGUGACGGAGCAGGACAUUGGCGAUCUGCUGAUGCUGAAGUUUAAGUGGGAAGAGACAAACGGUUGGUCGGCUUCAAACAUGCUGAAGAUGGUCUCGUCGUGGUGGUCCGGGGACAACGAGGCCAACAACAUGGACGUCCACCGGAUCCGUAUCAGAUCGGGAGAGACCCAGCAAAAGUUGGUCUUCUGUCUGAAAGAUCCAGGAUCUCACAACUUAAACCAAGAACUGACAUUUGUAAAGUGUCAAGAUGCCUGGAAGAAGGCAAAGAGAUUUCAUCUGGAUAGUCUCACAGCCCGAAGCUAA